GGCGAUUUAGUGGCAAAUAAUAAUUUAAAUUCAAAAUAAAUAAUUACGCGUGUGUUUGUGUUAGCAAAUUACAUACAAUGAAUCCAAAAUACACUCAAGAAACAAUGAAAAAAACCACAACAACGAGAGAAGACGUAUACCAAUAUGUUUCAAGAACCCACUCCUUAGAAUCCGACGUAUCAUUUAAAUAUGAGAAAUUGGUGAAGAUCGGGCAAGGCACCUUCGGAGAGGUAUUUAAAGCUCGACCUAGCCACUCGAUUUGUAAAAGUACAAACAGUUUUGUAGCCUUAAAACGAAUAAUGACGGAUCGGGAGACAGAAGGCUUCCCGAUCACGGCACUGCGGGAGAUUAAGAUACUGCAGCAACUUGAUCACGAUAAUAUACUCAAGUUAAUUGAAGUCUGCAGUACGAGACCGUCAGCUGCCAACAAAUAUAAGGCCGAAUGUUAUUUGGUCUUAGAGUACUGCGAGCAUGAUCUGGCCGGUCUUUUAUCCCACCCGAACGUCAAAUUCUCUUUGGGCGAAACCAAAAUGGUGCUGAAGCAGUUACUGAAUUCGUUGUUCUAUCUCCAGUGCCAUAAUGUUCUGCAUAGAGACAUGAAGCCCUCGAAUGUGCUAAUCACUAAGAAUGGGAUACUGAAAUUGGCUGAUUUUGGUAUUUCGAGGACUUUUAAAGAGUCAAAGAACGGAGUAAAGAGAUUGACCAACGGAGUUACCACUCUCUGGUACAGACCUCCGGAGUUACUUUUAGGUGAGCGCAACUAUGGUCCAUCAAUCGACAUAUGGGGAGCAGGCUGCAUCAUGGCAGAAAUGUGGACCCCGACCCCCCUAAUGCAAGGAUCUACGCAGCAGCAGCAACUGACCCUCAUCUCACUGCUCUGCGGCUCCAUCACCCCUGACGUAUGGCCAGGAGUAGAGAAUCUACCGUUAUACACGAAGUUAGAACUGCCCAAAAACCAUAAGAGGACAUUGGUGGAACGCAUGCAGCGUUACGUCAAAGAUCCAGAAGCUCUGGACAUAUUAGACCAAAUGCUGCAACUGGAUCCGAACAAGAGAUGUGACGCUGAAGGAGCGUUGAAUCAUAACUUCUUCUGGACGGAUCCCAUGCCGUGUGACUUGGGGAAGUUGCUGGCUCAGCACAGAACCAGCAUGUUUGAUUACUUCCAUCGCAAGAGGAAAGCAGGUCACAAGCAGGAGAAUGGGUACCAGGAUCGCAUAUUCUGA